AUGGACGAAUUUGACAGAGAUGUGGAUAAGGAGUUGAAAUUUAGUCAUAAGUCAACAAAGGGCAUCAAAGUCCACCGCACAUUUGAAAGUAUGAAGCUAAAACCCGAGCUCUUAAAAGGAAUUUACGCCUACGGGUUCGAAGCUCCAUCGGCAAUCCAGUCUAGAGCAAUUAUGCAAAUCAUAGCUGGUCGGGAUACUAUUGCCCAGGCCCAAUCUGGAACUGGUAAGACGGCUACUUUUUCGAUAGGGAUGUUGGAGGCAAUUGAUGCCAAGUCAAAAGAUUGCCAGGCAUUGAUCUUAUCACCAACAAGAGAAUUGGCGAUCCAGAUUCAAAAUGUUGUGCAACAUCUUGGUGAUUAUAUGAACAUACACACUUAUGCCUGCAUUGGUGGUAAAAAUGUGGGAAUGGAUGUGAAGAAACUACAGCAGGGUCAACAAAUUGUCAGUGGAACACCGGGUAGAGUGUUGGAUGUUAUCAGGCGAAGGAAUCUUUCUUCAAGGCAUAUAAAAAUCUUGAUUCUAGACGAGGCUGACGAGCUAUUUACAAAGGGUUUCAAAGAACAGAUAUACGAAAUCUACAAGCAGCUUCCGUUUGAAACACAAGUUGUGGUUGUGAGUGCUACAUUGCCUCCAGAGGUUUUGGAAAUGACUAGUAAAUUUACCACUGAUCCUGUAAAGAUUUUAGUGAAGCAAGAUGACGUUUCUUUGGUGGGAAUAAAGCAGUAUUAUGUACAAUGUGAACAAGAAGACUGGAAAUUUGACACAUUGUGUGAUCUCUACGAUAACUUGACAAUAACCCAAGCAGUAAUAUUCUGCAAUACAAAGCUAAAAGUCAAUUGGCUCACAGAUCAAAUGAGAAAACAGAAUUUUGUUGUGCUGUCGAUGCAUGGUGAUAUGAAACAAGAUGAAAGAGACUCCAUCAUGAGUGACUUUAGAACAGGCAAUUCUCGUGUUUUGAUUUCGACUGACGUGUGGGCUAGAGGUAUUGACGUGCAACAAAUAUCCUUAGUAAUAAAUUAUGACUUACCGAAUGAUAAAGAAAACUACAUUCACAGAAUAGGUAGAUCUGGAAGGUUUGGUAGAAAGGGGACAGCAAUUAACUUGAUAACUAAAGCUGAUCUUUCUACAAUGAGAGACAUUGAAAGUUACUACUCAACGAGAAUCCGAGAGAUGCCGAUGAAUAUCAAUGAGAUCAUGUGA